AUGAAGCUCCGUAUUCUGCAUUGCCCAUCUCUAGAGGUACCGACCAGCUUCCAAGACUUUAGCGGACUUGAAGAUCUUCUAGUGUAUAACUCGACCAUCUUGGAUUGGAACGAUGAAGCCGCAUUAUCGAACGCUACCCAUCCAGAGAUGAAGCAAAUGAUCUUUCUCCGCGUGAAUAUGACGAAUGGAACUCUUCCUCAAGGCUUUCAAUCGUUUGAUUUCCCAGCGUACCUGUUCCAAAUUGUUUUUUCUGAAACAAAUUUGGAAACUCUCCCUGAUGAUCUAGACGCCAAGUGGCCGGCUAGCUCGGUCAUUCAGCUAGAGAACAGCCAACUGGCUACAGUUCCAUCAGGUCUCGUUCGCUUACAACCGUAUUAUCUCGCGUUAACUGGAAACCCGAUCACUAGUGUCCCAUCUGAACUUUUCAAAGGGAAUAUUCAGUUCAUAUUUCUGGGACGCACAAAAGUCAACAAGUUACCAGGAAAUGUGACGCCAACAAGUUUGUCGGUUUUAGAUAUCACCAACACAAACAUCUCGUACUUCCCUUCCUGGAUUGAUCCGCUUGUGGAAGCCACACUUGAUGUGUAUCCAACGAUAGUAGCUGCUCUUCCGGUGCUGCACAGCUCGUUCGAGGUUUUAUUCUCACGUUGUGCGGCUACCACGGAUAGUUGCAGCGGCUUCGAUCACAUGAAGGUCUCGGUGGCAAUCAUCCACACGACGCAAAAGAGCACGCUCACGCAGGAGCGACGUCACAGAUAUAACUAG